GGAGGGUUGAGGGUGAUAGAUAGUUGAGAAUAACUGAGCCAAAUUAAAUAGAAUGAAUGGAAGCUGCUAGAAGGACACUCCUUUUCCCUUUCAGAGUCACCUGAUAAUUAACGAACAGGCAAAUUAAAGCACCCAAUCUCCUUGAAUGCCGAUCGAUGACCUAAAAGACACAUCAUCGUGGUUACAGACUUACAGCAGAGAAAAAUAAUAUAAGAUUCUACGUUGUCACUCAUUCUUAAUUCCCUAAUACAGCUAAUGGCCUUCGUACGGAACGUGGCUAGCUGCGAGGAGACACUGCCCUUCAAUUCGUGUCUGGGUUAACACUGCCGAUCCCACUAACAAUUAUGAGAAACCAUGGCUCCCACCACCAGUGAGGGGCUUGACAUACGAUGGAGAGAGACUUACCUUGGCUUCGAAGGUACAGAGAGCGAGAUCAGGAUGAGGAGCGGAGAGGCGACGACGGAGGCGGAGGGGAGGAGGUCGCGGCGGGGAGGAGGAUCCAGCGGCAACGGGCCGAAGAUGUGCUGCAGCAAGGUCGGGGUGAAGCGGGGCCCCUGGACGCCGGAGGAGGACGAGGUCUUGGCGAGUUUCGUGCGGCGGGAGGGGGAGGGCCGGUGGCGCACCCUACCCAGCCGCGCCGGCCUCCGUCGCUGCGGAAAGAGCUGCCGCCUCCGGUGGAUGAACUACCUCCGCCCCUCCAUCAAGCGCGGCCCCAUCUCCCCCGACGAGGAGGACCUCAUCCUCCGCCUCCACCGCCUACUCGGAAACCGGUGGUCGUUGAUCGCCGGGAGGAUUCCGGGGCGCACGGACAACGAGAUCAAGAACUACUGGAACACGCAUCUCAGCAAGAAACUCAUCAGACAAGGCAUCGAUCCGCGCACGCACAAACCCUUGCCACUGCCCACCACCUCCGCCGCCGCCACCGCCGCCCCAGCUGUCCAUGUGAUCUUUCCACGACAGGCGCCUCUCCCUAACCCUAACCCUAGUCCUUAUCAUGCAGCAGGAUCCUCCGGCGAUAUCCGCACAGGCUUCUCCGCCCAUGACGACGGCGGAUGCUGGAAGGAGAGUGGCGAUCAGUUUAUGGAUGCCAACAACGUGCCGGAAGCUGGAGACCAUCUUGAACCAGAAUUGUAUGACUUCAGCUUCGACGAGGACAACAUCUUCUCCUCCUUCCUUGAUUCGCUCAUCAACAACAGCGAAAAUGACAUCAAUGAUGAUAAUUCAGAUGAUCGAGUUGGCUUCGUCUGGGAGAAGGACCUGCAGGACGAUGCACACGAACAAUUUCCAGGUGAUCAUGAUGCAGGAAACUGA